AUUAGAGAAUUACAAAUCAGCAUAAAAACCACCUGCAUUCGACUUCAAAGUCUCGAUUCAAGAGAACAGUCUUCCUUCCCCAUAUAACGAACGACCAAGGCACCUUUCACUCACAGACUGCUCAUCGAUUUGCAAUGCAAGCGGGAAACAGUUAUUUCAAUGACAACACUCCAUCAAUCGUCAUUCGAAGCCUCUUCGACAAGUACGACAAAGACGGAACCGGACGACUGAACUGCAGCGAGUUAGACGAUCUUUUACAGAAGGAUUUGGGAUUUGAAAAAGAAGAAGCAAAGGCUUACUCCAUGCUGCUGGACAAAGAUGGAGAUCAAAGCAUUUCCUUCGAAGAAUUUCUUCAAUGGCUUCGUAGCGGAGAGCGUUUUGAGGCCGUCAACAAUAAAGCCAGGUUCAAGAAUCUCUGUAAAGCUGUGGAAUUGUUUAAAACUUAUGACAAAGACAAUAAUAACAACUUAAGCAAAGAUGAGUUCAAAGAGCUGCUUGACUCGCUGGGAUAUAAAGGAGUCGACGUGGAGAGGUUUUUCGAAUACCUUGAUGAACACAAGAAUGGGAAGAUUUCGUUCUGGGAAUUUAUGAAAUGGCUAAACUGGGUCCCCGUAGAAUAAUCACAAUUGAAUUUGUAAAGAAUUAACUUCAAUAACUACUACAUCUCAAUGAACAAACACUCAACAGUUAAGUCCAUCAAAUGCCCUUCUGUUUAGGGAGAACUUUCGAGAACUUCAAUGUGGUUUUACACAUCUGCCCAUUAAUUUCGGAAGUCGUUACCUUUUCUACGUAACAAGUUAAUAUUUGACUCCCUAGUUAAACAUACAGUGAAGGUUUUUAAAGCGUUUUUUAUUUAAUUCUUAAACCGGUAAACUUAACAUAGCAGCUGACCCACACUUUUGUAAUCUCUUAAUAGUGCACUUGUUUACUUCAUCUUUUUUCUGAACUACUACUAACAAGAGGAAGAAUAUUCUUCAUGACUUCAACCGAAGCGGUGCAGCGCUGUAUAUAGAGUUAAUUUGAAGUCAUUGACAUCAUUGCGGAUGACUUUUCAACAGAGAGAACUUAGAAUCAAUAUCCUGUCUGUGCUUGGUUAAACUUGAAGAGAUAACUGUAGCACAAAUGUUAGCCAAAAGUGGUGCUUACUAAGUAUACUGACAUAGUUAAUGAGUGUGAAUGCACUUGAAAUGACCAUCAAUUCCUAUUUCUGUCUCAUUUCCUUCCAGUGAAGUAAGACUAUUUUUUUUAUAAUCAAUUUUUAACCAAACCAUAUAAUUCAGCCAACAGAUUCACAGUACCCAAAGACUUAACUUUUGCUAUGUACCGUAUGUUUUGUCAUUAAUUUAAAUAACUUCCGCACAGUUGUAUUAGUCAAGUAUAAUAAAACAAACUACUGGGAAGUUUUAGAGUCCCAUAUUUUGGUAUGUUUUUAUUUGAAUAGGAAGAGUUCCCAUGGAAAAUAAGUAGCUAGAGUAAUAGGACCUAACAGUGCAACAUUUAUCAGCAGUAAAUCAAGGACAAAGGCAAACAGUUACUCCAAAGGGAUGAUUAAAUUACAACUUCUCCAUACAACUUCAUUACAUAAUCACAGAGCAGGUGAUGAGAAUAUAAGCUUAAGGGUGUUACAGUGGUGCAGCAC